AUGGGGGCGAACGUGAGUCACGCGGCGGCAGCGCCAUCCGCACCUCCGCCUCCGCCAAUUGCACCCGCGGGAGUUCCUCUGCCCCCCGCGGGCCCGGUUGGCUUGCAACAGGUCGUUCCGCCGGCCGAUGCGGCGGGAAACGCGGAGAAGCCUCCGGAGAAAGUGGACUAUCUGAAUCUGCCGUGCCCGGUGAAAUAUGAGGAGAUCCAACGAGAAGCACUUAUGUCGUUAAAGCCCGACCUCUUCGAGGGCCUUCGCUUCGACUUCAAUAAGCCACUCAACCAGUCCUUCUCGCUCUCGCACAGUGUGCUGAUGGGCAGUGCCGAGGUGCCGUCGCAGUCGGGGGGCAUUCUGAAGGUGCCGCACUCGUCGUACGAGUUUGGGGCGAAUGUGCUGGACGCUAAGAAGAUGCUGAUAGGGCGGAUGGCGGACGGGAGGUUGAGUGCGCGGGUGAGCUACCAGGUGACGGACAGCGUGGCGUUGAAGGUGAACGCUCAGAUCGUCAACGAGCCGCACUUCUCACAGGGCAUGUUCCAGCUCGACUACAAGGGGUCGGACUACCAGUGGCAGGCACAGGCGGGCAACAACGCUUUCUACGGAGUGAACUACAUUCAAAGCGUCACACCCACGCUCUGCCUGGGAGGAGAGGCCUUCUGGCUGGGCCACCAGCGACGCUCUGGCCUGGGCAUUGCAGGGCGCUACAACACCGAUAAAGUGGUCGCGACAGCACAGGUGGCGAGCACAGGAGUGGUUUCCAUGACCUAUGUGCAACGCGUGUCAGAUAAGGUGGCCCUAGCAGCCGACUUUUUGCACAACUGGAACAGCAAAGAAUCGGCCACAAGUGUGGGAUAUGAUUAUAUCCUGCGCCAGUGUCGGCUGCGGGGGCGGCUGGACACCAAUGGCUGUGUAGCGGCCUAUUUGGAAGAAAGGCUCAAUCUUGGUGCUAACCUUUUCGUGUUGCACUUUCAGGUGGAUCACUGGAAAAAGGACUACAAAUUCGGAUUCGGCAUGUCUGUUGGGGAGGAGAGUGACGUGGAAGAUCUUCGGUCGGUGGUCAACGGAGUCAACAAUCACUACGUGUACAAGGACAUCGCCGUUGACUCGCCCGACCAGACGAACCUUCCCAGCAACGUCGACAUCGUCGCAGAGCUAACGGCCAUUCUGCAGCGCGCCGAGCAGGGCGAAUACGAACGGCUGAUGGACGCCCACGUGGACACGUUCAACGCGCUCAACGGCCUGAACGACGGCCACACCAUGUUCUCGUCCAACUGCUUCUUCGGCACGGCCAGCUUCUUCCUGCCUCUCCCGCUUUUCGCGGUCGUGGAGGACGGUCAGCAGAUCGUUCGCGUCGCCACGCGCCGAUACCUGGCGUGGUUCGACGGAAUCGAGGAGGACGCGAAGAACAUAUGGGGCUUCGAUUUCUCCGCCUACGAGUUACAGCAGGUGCUCACAAUCGAGGGCCAGCCGGCAGUGGAGUAUAUAAAGCAGUGGGCGGAUAAGCACGGCGGCAUGGUGCGCAACCCCAGUGCGCGCUUCAACAUGAUGUUCGCGGGGCUCGACCCACAGGGAAGAGCCAGCUUGUUUCAGCACCCGGGGGAGUUCGCUCUCAGGGAGCUGGUGCCAGAGAGCGACUCGCUGCAGGUGUCCAUUCUCAAAGGGUGUAUCUAUUGUAUCUCCCCGGCAGUGAUAGUGCUGCACAUAUUCGACGCGGACAGCACCACGGCGAGUAAGCUGACCGCCACCAACCCUGCCUUGCAACCCUCUACAACCCUUUCCACCCCUCCGCGCCCUCAUGCACCCCUCUUCCCCUCGCAGGUGUAUCUGGUGAGCAACCGCACGGCAGUGAUAGUGCUGCACACGUUCGACGUGGACAGCACCACGGCUGAGGAGCUCGCAGUCACCAGCCCGGACGUGCACCCCGUUGACUACCUCGCUGAAGAGAUUCUCAAAGCCAUGGACGCUGCCAGGAGGUACGCUUGCCCUUUUUCUCUCCCUGCUCGCCCUCCCUGCUCGCCUUCUUUGCUCCUCCUCUACAGCGCAGCCACCAGCCCGGACGUGCACCCCGUUGACUACCUCGCCGGGGAGAUUCUCAGAGACAUGGACGCCGCCAGGAGCACCAACUGCGCGGAGGUCAUAUUCGACGUGCGCGUGAACGGCGGCGGGUUUACCGCGCUGGGCUCAGUCACAGUCGUCACCCUUCUCGGCACGCGCAACGUGCCUCUAGCGGACGCAACCCUACCCAUGGACUUCAUUAUAGGCACAAACUUCACGUGGAGCCUCAUGGAGGAUCAGGCCAUUCCAGACUACGCAACGGACGGCUAUACGCAUCCCGGCGACGGCGCGUCGGUGCUCUCGUCUUCGCAAGACUACACUCCUCUGCAGAACAUCUCGUUUACAGAGGCCGGUCGCGCCGGCACCUAUACCGCGGAUUUUAAGUCGUAUUUCGAGAAUUUCUACGGCGGAUUGGCGGAGCGCGCGGGAUCCGCGGAGCCGUUUUUCGGCGCGCGGCCGUUUCUGUUUCUGGCGGACGGCGACUGCUUUUCCACGUGCGCCAUCCUCACGCACAUGCUGGGUAAACGCUACAAAGUACCCAUGGUAACCGUGGGUGGUUACCUCGAUCAGCCCGUGUCCGUGAGCGCGUCGUGCCUGGGCUACACCAUGCUCUCGUUAAACUGCGCCGUCUCGGUUCCGCUAAGCCGCACGAGCCACGCCAACGACCCGCGCGCGUCGAAACCGUUUAAGACGAACAUGGAUGUUUCCAUGGCGUUUACUAACGGGUAUGUGGACUCGAGCGUUCCGUGCGAGUUCGAAUUUCUGCCCAGUCAGCGCCACGUGGACUACACCGUAGAUCGCAUCGACAAGCCCGAGGUCAUCUGGAGCGACGUCGCGAAACUCUUCCAGGAAUUGCCGCUGCCACCGGUGAUCGCUCAGUCGCAGGCUGCAGCGUAA